AUAAAACGAAAUAUUAGUACCUUUCUCUCUCCAAAAACCCCACCUUAAAUCUCAAAUCAACUAUCCCAUCACUGCUAUUCAGCUACAAGUACAAGCGACACAGUUACACAUACUCAGCUAGGGUUCUAGAACGUUCGGUACCGUCAAUGGCCCAAGUAAUGGAUGAACGAAGCAAGGAAAAUGUGAACAACUCGCCGGAUUCUUCUCCACCACCGCCGCGUAGUCGCGCAAUGGACGUUCCGGUUGAACGCCGCCGUGAGCGAAGCAAGGAAAACGUGAACAAGUCGCCGGAGUCUUCUCCAACACGGCUUUCACCACCGCCGCCGCAUAGACGUGUAAUGGACGUUCCGGUUGAACGGCGCCGUGAGCGAAGCAAGGAAAACGUGAACAAGUCGCCGGAGUCUUCUCCCACACGGGUUUCACCACCGCCGCAGCAUAGACGUGUAAUGGACGUUCCGGUUGAACGGCGCCGUGAGCGAAGCAAGGAAAACGUGAACAACUCGCCGGAGUCUUCUCCACCACCGCCGCAUAGACGCGGACGGAGAGAUGAGAGAGAAUUUGAUAACCGAGGUGAUUAUUACUAUGAUCGUAACCGUUCUCCUCCGCCGCCGCGAGAGCGUGACUACAAACGCCGUCGUCCUAGCUUUAGCCCUUCUCCGCCUCCAUAUCGUAACCGUCGUAAUGGACGUUCUCCUUCUCCACCUCCGUAUCGUGACCGUCGUGGUGGAGGACAUUCUCCUUCACCUCCUCCUCCAUUUCGUGACCGUCGUGGUGGUGGACAUUCUCUUUCGCCUCUUCCUCUUCGUCGACGUUCGCCGCCAUUUCCACCUUACAAGCGCUCUCGGAGGGAUGAUUACCAAGGCAGCCGUGGACGCGGACGUGGACGUGGUUAUCGACCUACUGAUCGGAGGUAUGGUUAUGACUAUCAAGUUGGUUAUGAGCGCGAGACAGGAGGCAGGCUUGGUUAUCACGACGAGAGACCUCAUGGUCGAUUCGUGGACCGUUCCUCAGCUGGCUAUCUAGAUAGGGAUACUGGCCAUGAUGGAUUUGCUAAUUCUCUUGGUGCAGGGAGCAAUGAAAGAGAAGGAUUGAAGUCUUAUAAGCAGUUCAUUCACGAGCUUGAAGAUGAUAUUUUGCCAGCUGAAGCUGAGCGCAGGUACCAAGAAUACAAGUCUGGGUAUAUAGAAGCCCAAAAAAGAGCUUAUUUUGAUGUUCAUAAAGAUGAAGAAUGGUUGAAAGACAAAUACCAUCCUACAAACUUAAUUUCUGUUAUUGGAAGGAGGAAUGAACUUGCACGGAAGUUGGCAAAAGACUUCGUCCUUGAUUUGCAAAGUGGAAUAUUAGAUUUAGGUCCUAGGGUUACGCCUGCUUCUGCUAACAAGCCAGGACAAUCAAGUGAGCCAAAUUCUGAUGAUGAAGCAGAUGACGGUGGCAAAAGGAGGCAGCAUGGAAGGGGACCCACUAAAGAUACCGAUUUACUUUCAGCUGCUCCAAAGGCUCACCAAGUGAGUUCUGAGCCUAGAAGAGUCCAGAUUGAUAUUGAACAAGCACAGGAACUUGUGGGCAAGCUUGACUUUGAGAAGGGAAUAGAGGAUAACUUACUGUCUCAGUCUGAUAAUGAUAGGGGAAGCAGAGACAAGUCUCAUGGGGAUACCUCUGGCCCUGUAAUUAUCAUAAGGGGCUUAACUUCAGUAAAAGGUCUUGAGGGGACUGAGCUGCUUGAUACACUUCUAACCUAUUUGUGGCGCAUUCAUGGGGUGGAUUACUAUGGCAUGACUGAAACAAAUGAAGCUAAGGGUUUGCGGCAUGUGAGAGUGGAGGGGAAGGUUUCCAAUGUAACAACUAAUGGGGCAGAGUGGGAAAAGAAACUUGACGCACGUUGGCAAGGGAGGCUGAAGGGGCAGGAUCCUUUGGAGCUAAUGACUGCAAAGGAAAAAAUUGAUGCAGCUGCUAUAAAAGGUUUAGAUCCCUAUAUCCGUAAGAUUAAGGAUGAGAAGUAUGGUUGGAAAUAUGGUUGUGGAGCUAAGGGUUGUACAAAGCUCUUCCAUGCUACAGAGUUCGUCCAUAAGCAUUUGAAGUUAAAACACCUUGAUCUGGUGAUGGAGCUUACUUCUAAAGUGCGUGAAGAUCUAUACUUUCAGAAUUAUAUGAAUGAUGAAAAUGCGCCUGGUUGGACCCCUGUCAUGCAGCCAUCUCUACAGAAAGAGAAGGCACUAAGGCAUCGACUUGGUCCAGAUGGUAGAGUGAAGGAUGACAGAGGGAACCGUAGAGAUCGUGAUGGUCGAGCUAACGGUGGUGAAAGGUUUGAUAGGUCAGAGAACUCUCAAUCAGGGGAUUUUCAAUCCAAGAAUGAUGGUGCCAGUCAGGACAAUGCGGAUGAACAUAUGUUUGACACCUUUGGUGGACAAGAGCUUCCAGUUGCUCCUUUUUCCUCAGACAUAGCUCCUCCACCUAUGCUGAUGCCUGUUCCUGGUGCCGGUCCACUUGGGCCUUUUAUACCUGCACCUCCUGAAGUUGCAAUGCGAAUGAUGCAAAAACAAGGUGGCCGGCCCUCUAUUUUUGAAGGUGGUAGGUUGUCGGGGGCUGCAACAAAUGGGCCAUCCCCAAUAAUUGCGUUACCUCCUGCAUUUCGACAAGAUCCUCGUCGUUUAAGAAGUUACCAAGAUCUUGAUGCACCUGAAGAAGAAGUUACUGUGAUAGACUACAGAAGUUUGUAGCACUAGGCACGUAUCUGUUGAGUUGUAGAUGGAAGAGCGUUUAAAAUUGUGUUGAGGUUAUGAAGAUUGAUCUAACCACAUUGACAUGCAUAAGAUCGUUUUAUAGUCGGGAGAAAUUUUGGGUUUGGCUGCUGUUCAGAUGAGCUCUAGUGGCACAAUCAUUCCAGCUCUCUGGAUAUUUCCAGGUUCCGUGUUUGGUUUUUGAGUUAUGUAGAAUUAGCAUUUUCUCCCUUCUCCCCCUCGAUGUGGCAAAUUUUAGGAUAUAUGUUCAUAGUCUCUUAAAAUGGGAGAAAUGCUAAUGAUCACGAUGUGCUGCUUUUUCGUGUUGCGCAUUAAAGCAAUUUUAAGGAAAUUAUAGCAACUGUUGAGACAUCUGAUUAACAUGGAACAGAUCAUUGAUUGGUCGUGCUGUUAGAAAAUGGUGAUUAUACUGGCAGUAUAUGGUGAUAAUUGCGAAGAAGAGAGUUCAAAACUAAAAGUCCGUAAAAGUUGGUACUCUUGUUGCCUUCACCUUUUUUUUUUAAUGCUGACCUUUUUUAAUUUAAAAAAAAAAGAAAGUUCCACCUUGCUGGUGGGGGUUAGGCAUUGCCCAACCUGGUAUAUUUAUCAAAAACCAAAAGUACACGGAGGAGGGAGGACAUGGACCUUUGCCUCCAAAACAUAAAAUAAGAAGGUGAUACUAUGAUCAGAUCCCUCUUGCCAGAGCUUCCCAAAAACAUCUAGAGAAAGUUCAAUAAUUACAUGAGAUGGGGAAAAGAUGGAAAAAUACAGAGCCAUAAGGAUGACUGAUAGUUCACUAUUUCACCAGAUCAUAGGGAGAUUAACAAAAUUGUUGCCUUCUGUCUAAUGAACAACUUACAUAACAUAAAAAAGAAAUGGAGAAGUCUCAAUAUUUUUGUUCGCCCGUAAAAUUGCCUCUACUAGUUUGAGUGUCAUGGAUGUGUUAAAUUUUCUCAAUAACAUUUGAUUUUAUAACUUGUUGCAUAAGAUCUUACACUUUUUGUUUAGAGUUAUAUUGUGGCUCAAGAAAGUAUUGACUUUCAGAGGAAUUGGAAAGUUGAUUCUUUAUUGGUAUCGAGUUCCAAAGUGAGAGAAAGGGAAACAGAUGGAGAGAUGGAUAUUUUUGUCAGAUACGUUGGUCAAUUUUGGUUUUAUGAGAAUCGAACUUUUUCUUUUAAGCACAA